UGAUCGGUCCGGCGAAGGAGUAGGAGGUCCGGUUCGCCAUUUUGGCAGGUUGUGAGAGCCUUCUGUCGUCGCCGUGAGACGAGCUGUCGUCCGCCCAGCUGAGCCUUGUACGCGCGCGCGAGAGAGCUCUUUCGGCUCGAUUGAAUCGCGAUAUCGAAAACAAAGGCAGGCCGGCGCUGGCGAUCACGAAAUUAAGGAGAUCGGCAAGAGCCGACAGGAACCGGCCCCGUGUAUAUCGUAAUCUUUAUUUCCCUGUCGGUGCUCUGAAUUUGUUCGAGUACGUUUUGCCAGUUACCGCGGGUGGUGUGCGUGUGACACUAUCUUCGAAGCUGGACAACGUUUCUUAGCUGUGAUAGUACGACACGAUAGUCGAGUCGAAAGGUGCGUGAGCUUGAAAAAAGUUCCAGUGUGACAGACGUAGCGACAGUAUGGCGGGACAAACGAUUAACGACAGACUAUUGGCAGCGAGACACAGCAUCGCCGGUCAGGGCCUUGCUAAAGCUGUGUGCAAAGCUACUACUGAAGAGAUGAUAGGUCCAAAAAAGAAACAUCUCGAAUACCUGGUGCGCUGCACGAACGAGCCGAACGUAUCGAUACCUCAGUUGGCAAAUCUGUUGAUAGAACGGUCACAGAACACAAAUUGGACGGUCGUUUUCAAAGCUCUGAUCACGGUGCACCAUAUGCUUUGUUACGGCAAUGAGAGGUUUACACAGUAUCUGGCGUCCAGCAACAGCACGUUUCAACUCAGUAAUUUUCUCGAUAAAAGCGGCGUUCAAGGAGCUCGCAUCGGCUAUGAUAUGUCACCGUUUAUCAGGAGAUAUGCAAGGUACCUCAAUGAGAAGGCUCUUUCCUACAGGACCGUGGCCUUUGACUUUUGCAAGGUGAAGAGGGGAAAGGACGACCGUACUCUGCGCACAAUAAACGCUGACAAAUUGUUGAAAACUUUACCAGUUUUGCAGUCACAGUUGGAUGCACUAUUGGAGUUCGAUUGUAGUGCCAAUGAUCUUACCAAUGGUGUUAUAAAUAUGGCUUUCAUGCUUCUCUUUCGGGAUCUGAUUAGAUUGUUUGCCUGUUAUAAUGAUGGCAUUAUUAACCUGCUAGAAAAGUAUUUUGAUAUGAACAAAAAGCAAUGUCGCGAGGCUUUGGACUUGUAUAAAAAGUUUCUCAUACGAAUGGAUCGGGUGGGCGAAUUCUUGAAAGUUGCCGAGAACGUUGGCAUUGAUAAAGGAGACAUACCUGAUCUAACAAAGGCACCUAGUAGCUUAUUAGAUGCAUUGGAGCAACACCUUGCGUCGUUGGAAGGAAAAAAAGGCUCCGCAGCGAACACACCUACGCAGUCUGCAAGCAAUAGAACGAAUGUAAAGUCGGGAGUGUCCGCCCUGUCUUCCACCAGUACUGCGUUUGGAACUGCAGCCAGUAAUAACCGUCUUGACCAUGCUGGAAAUGGACACAUCGACGAAGCACUGCGACAGCAAGCCCUCGCGGAAGAGGAAGCUGCUAUGAAUCAGUACAAGGCAAAAGUGCAAUCCCCAUCAGGUGGCCCCAGUACGAAUCCAUUCCUCAGUUCGCCGACAAACAACGCCAACCAACCAAUUGUUGACCUAUUUGGUGCCCCGUCGUCGACGGCGUCAACUGAAAGUCAGCCACAAAAAGCGUCAGAUGAUCUACUCCAAUUAGCAGGCAAUCCAUUCGCGGAUGUGUCACAAACUAUAACAGCACCGACCACGGAAGCACAGAUGAAUAUAUGGUUGACUAACCGUAAUGGUUUCGCCGCAGUGCCUCCAGCAAAUAAUAACUUUGUUACAGAUUACAGUUUCUCUUCCGUAUUCGGUAAUCAAGACUCUCAAUCUGCUGGUGCUCCAGGAACGGCCGGAUCCGUAUUAAACCCUUUUAUGUCCGACUUCCCUUCCCUUGGUUCCCAGCCAACGCAGUCAAACGCAGCCGCUUUCGGUCUCUUCGAGCAGGGUGCCGCGAACGUUGCCGCUAAUGCAAGCGGUGGCGAGGGCCAACAACAAGGGCAAGCCGGAGACCUGUUCAGUGCUGGCGGCCAGGCAGAUCUCUUUGGGAGCGACUCUGCAGUGCUCAAGACCGCAGAGGGUGUCACUGGGGACGCUGCCGCGGAGGCAGCAUCCUCUGUGACUCUGACUUCCGGUAAGUCCACUGCCACGCCGCCUCCCAGACCGCCGCCUCCCGCGACAGCGAUGAACGGUACACCUAGACCAGCCUCGCCAACAGUGUCCGGAGCGGCGGCUGGAAAAUCAUCCUCUGACACUACAAAUGCCGCCGCCGCUCCUAGUAAGAGCGCGUUCGACGAUCUAAAUGAUAGCAUUCGUAUGGCACUGGGCGGGUCUCCGUCAAGGCCGGCACCCAUAGCUCAGCAACCACCGACCGCGCAACAAGCACAGCAACCUCUACAACAGGGUUUUGGCAUGUUCGAUAUGGGUGCUAAUAUGGCUGCCACCGGGCAGCCGGCCAUGCCUGGCGGACCGAUGGUCGGCUACGGUAUUCCCACCCAAGUCCCGGCGGGGUACAGUUCCCCGGCAAAGCAACCGAUCUCAGGUUUUGACGGUUUGGGCACGGUGCUGAUGCCUACCACUGUAGCUGGAGAUAAUAAUAUUUCAGCAGCAGGGCAGCAGCAGAAUGCAGCAUCUACUGGCAAAGUUCUGACUGGAGAUUUGGAUAGUAGUCUUGCUAGUCUUGCCCAAAACUUGACUAUCAACAAGAGUGCGCAGCAGCAAGUCAAGGGUAUGCAAUGGAAUUCCCCUAAAAAUGCUGCUAAAACUGGUGGCCCAGCUGGAGGAUGGACACCACAACCUAUGGCAGCUACGACUGGUGCUGGGUAUCGCCCAAUGGGACAAGGAAUGACGCAACUUCCUUCGACCACUUUGGGCUUCCCUACCCACACUGCACCAUUGGGAAUGCAAGGUGUGCCAAUGGGCAUGCAGGGCAUGAGGCCGAUGAUGAGCACAAUGCCUGGCGGUCCCGGUGGCAUGAUGGUCACAGGAGGAGCUGCACCAAUGAUGAUGCCCAACACAAAUCCCAUGAUGGGUGCUAAUCUUCAACAGCAACCGCAACCACAGCAACAACCCCAGGCUGUUACGCAGCCACAAAAUAAUCAAGUCCAACUCGAUCCAUUCGGUGCCCUGUGAAGAGAUUAGGAAUUCUGAUCGAAGUGGAGCAGACGAAGCAUCAACCUUGUAAAUACCGUGUAAUAUGCCUAGGAAAUGUACCCUGCUUGCUCUCGUUAUUCUAUGUCAUCCGUAAGGAACCGGCCCGUCCUCGCAAAAAAAUAAAGAAUAUCGAAGCUUGCUACUGGAUCAUCCUCCAGGAGACACAACGGUGCCGAAGGAAAAACGCAAUAGAUUCCCAUUAAUAUACAUAUAUAUACACAUAUAUAUAUAUAUAUUUCUACUGCUGAUUGAGUAUAUCGUAUAUACGGAUUUACUCAGUUUACGGCGGUUGCCUUACACAGAUACGCAUAGCCUCAGUGUAAACAUACACAUUUAUAGUCUUGUAAGGCGAGGACAAAGAAAAGAAAAAUGUAGAGAGCUUAGAGACAGAGUUACAAAAAAGAAAAAAAAUAUACGAGCCGUAUUGCGUUUAGAAUUCCAUGAAAUGCGUGGAUGCAACUAUUCCGUAAGAGUUGACUGUGAUAGUAAUGCAUCGACAUUGUAGUGUUUUCCAGUAAUCGAAGGAGCAGUUGGUAGAAAAUGAGGGAGAAUCUGGGAGAGUAUGCGUGUGAUAUGUGAGAGAAAAAAUGAAUGAAAGCUGAGUGAGAGAAGGAGUUAUUGAUAAACGUGUUUUCAUAGAGGAAGGAGGUCCAAAGUAGUUCCAUACAAGCUUUAUAUAUACUGGACAGCGUGUCGUAUAUAAACGAGAAUCAUCUUUCCGAGAUAACAGAAAUAACGUUGUUGAGGUUGGCUUUGUAUCAUGACGAUUCUAAACGUACAUACAUCGUGGAAAUUAUACAUAGUUGGCUGAUGCAUGAUGUAUCCAUAGUAAAGAUGUAAAGUUACGUACUACGUAUACAUAUGCACGCGCGCGCAAUUGUGCAGAUGCAUACGUACGACUGUAUUUCAGAUUUCGUGCGAAAAGAUACAACGUUGAAAAUAUAAAUAUUAUUUGAAAAAAAGUUAUAUAUAUAUAUAUAUAAAUAAGUAUAUAUAAAUAAAUGUAUAUGUAUAUGGCGUAAUCCUAAUAAUGGCGCACCCGUGUCGCUCUCCGUUUCAUUUUUUCGUACUAUCUUUACUCGUAUAUAUUUUGAUUUCGACUCAGGGCGCUGAAGCAGUUACGACGUAUCCUUAUUAAAGUAUUAAAUAUUAACUGAUAAUUAAUACAUGCAUAUAUAGAUAUAUGUAUACAUACA